AUGUUUGGGAGCACAUCCAAGUGGGCUGCGACCAAAAUAACCAGCAACGUCAUCAAAAUAAUCACAAAGGGUAAUCAACAGAAAUCUGACCCUACCGUUUUAGCUCCAGCUAAAGUCGCAUCCGAAAAUCCAAGAUGGCGCACUGGCUCCAUUGGAACCAACAGAAGCUUUGGUCGGAAGGAAAAUUUAACUGGAGCUAAGGCUUUUGGCUUAGGUCUUGAUCUCAUCAAAGCAAAUCUUACAAUCGAUAACCACCAAUAUAGCCCCAACAUUAUCAGGAAAGAAAUAAAGGCUUUGAAGAUGACUGGCGUAACUUUUAAACAAUAG